AUGGGCAUCUUCUCUCGGAAAGAGAAGGCCCCCAAGGGAAACUCUUCCCUGGCCACUUCUCAGUCCACAGCCAGCGUCAAUUCCAACACCUCGCGAGGUAUCCCCAGUCGAACAUCAGCAGGCAGCGCAACGCCGGGCACCCCAAUGUCCCCCAUGUCACCAGUCAAGCUUCCCAAGGUCGAUCUCCCUCGCCCUCCCGACCCGCAGCUGGACCCGACCGGCUACCUCCGAAGCCUGGGGGCUGUGAGGGAAAGGAGCAAGAUCAUCUACGACAAGGCCCUUCGCAACGAGCUAAACCACUUCGACGUCGAUCUUAACAAGCUCCCGGACGUGGUCAGCUUCGUGUCCGGCCUGAUCAAGCGAGAUUACGACGCCCCGUUCAACACGAUCCCCGGCCAUGGCCGAUACCAACACUUCUGCGUGGGCGGCCGCGACCGCAUCGCCGACAUGCUCUCUACUUGGCCUGAAGGCGUCGAUAACACCGAGCGCUGUCGCCGCAUGAUCGAUCUUUUCCUCGUCAGUGUCCUCCUUGAUGCCGGUGCCGGUACCCAGUGGAGCUACAAGAGCGGCGAGAAUGGACGCGUCUACCGACGCUCCGAGGGCCUAGCCAUCGCUAGUUUGGAAAUGUUCAAAUCGGGCGUCUUCUCUGGCAAUCCGUCCAACAAGACACAAGUUGACAAGGUCGGCUUGCAAUCACUAACUGUGGAGAAGCUGGAGGCCGGCCUCCAGUCACGCCCCGGCAACGAGCUCGCUGGUCUGGAGGGUCGCACGGAGCUUCUCACCAGAUUGGCGAAAGCUCUAGGCAACAAUGAAGAGUUCUUUGGCAAGGAUGGCCGCCCCGGUAACAUGAUCGAUCACCUGUUGUCCCACCCGUCGACUCAGGCCUCUUCCAUGCUUAUUGUCCCACUGCCUGUGUUGUGGAACGUCCUUAUGACUGGGCUUGCCAGCAUCUGGCCGCCAUCCCGAACCUCUGUUAAUGGGGUGUCGCUGGGUGAUGCGUGGCCGUGCAAGGCGAUGCCCAAGGCUGGCAGCGCCUCGUGGGAAUCCAUCCUACCAUUCCACAAGCUGACGCAAUGGCUCACGUAUUCCCUCAUGCAACCGAUGCAGUCGCUUCUCAACAUGCACUUCGCAGGCACGGAGCUGCUGACGGGGCUUCCGGAGUAUCGAAAUGGCGGCCUCUUUGUUGACAUGGGGGUGCUCACGCUGAAGCCCAAUGAUGUCGAACGAGGCCUGCAACAUUACGCGGAAUACAGCCGACGAACCGGCAGUAAGGGGAUCGAGGUUGCUCCGAUGUUCGAACCCGGUGAUGACGUGGUGGUGGAAUGGAGAGGAGCGACGGUUGGACUCCUGGACAAACUGCUAGAGGAGGUCAACAAAUUCCUCAAGGCGGAACUGGCCGGGAACGAGAUGACUUUGCCGCAGUUGCUAGAGGCAGGCAGCUGGAAGGGCGGCCGCGAGAUUGCCGAGAUUCACCGCCCGAAUACAAAGGAGCCGCCGAUUUUAAUCGAGAGCGAUGGCACAGUCUUUUGA